AUGAAACGAAAAUCAAGAGCCGAUAUCCCUUCGCCAGCAGUUCCUAAAAGACAGUCUAGACAGGACCCGGUCUCUUGCGAAUCAUGUCGGAAGAAAAAGUUGAAAUGUGACCGGCAACUUCCGUGUAGUAGCUGCUCAGCGCGUGGGCUAGCCUGCAGCUAUGAACCACGGGUAACGAUGCCUAUCGUCAAGCCUAGGGUGCAGGGGACUAGGCCUUCUCAAAACAAUAAUGAGAUGUCUCUGCCACCUCAGACAAACCAAGAUUCCGCUUCCCAGAUUCAGGCUGGAAAUGAACCCCUGAUUACUGCAGAUUGGCUUGAGAAUAUUGUCAUGAGCCACCGUGUACCGACUGCUCUCCCACCGACUUUAAGAGAAGAAUUUUCUCAACAACGUCAUAUUGACAAUCGCCUUCAAUCACAACGGCGCAACGGAAUAACCAGUAGUUUACUAGCAAUUAUUCACAGUGGUCACCUUGCGUCUCGCGAAAAGCCGUCUACCAUUCACUUGCCCUCUUAUUUGCCGCCAAAGACGGAGACGAUCAGUCUGUUCCGAUACUACUGCAAUUUUCUUGAUUAUCUAUACCAUUUGAUAAUCCCUGCUCGUGUGGAACGAUCUAUCGAGAACAUCUACGAAAAGGUAUCUCGUAAUGAGUCAAUCGAUUUGAAUCACUUAGCUCUGAUAUUCAGCAUCAUUUCCACAUCCACUUUCUUCCAGCUGUUGACCGAAGCCUCUGAAUAUGCAGAAGUUUGCGGUCAAGAGCUUGCUUUUUUGACUGGUGCUGCAUUAAUACAAAGCAAUCAUAUUGCAAAUCCGACUGUCGAGGGUCUGCAAGCAACAAUGAUCCUUGGCCAUCAUUUACCCAGUAUGAGCUCAAACCCGUCUGUCAGUGGCUUGUUUUUGCAUGGAUCAUUGGUCAGCCAGGCAAAAAGCCUUGGAUUGCAUCUUUUGGACACUCCUCGGGCUAUUCAAGAACGUGGAAUAACUGGAUUCGACAAAGUGGACGUUGAACUAAAGCGACGACUGUGGUGGGACCUAGUAUCAUAUGAAUGGUUGCUAGGUUUUCUUAGUGGGCCCCAGGAGUGGACAUACACUAUCCAUAUGCAUCACAUGAACGUUCGAGAGCCAUUGAAUCUCGACGAUGAUGAUCUCGAGCAAAACGACAACGGAAUGCCUCUCUGCACGCCAACUUCCAUGUCCUACACCCUUCAAAGACUAAAGCUAGCUGUUAUAUGCCGUCAAAUUGUGGAUGAGACGGCAUUCGAACAUUUCCACGGGCAAGAUGUACCCUACGACAAAAUCCUUGACCUUGAUCGCAGAAUCCAGCAAGCAUACGCUGAAGUUCCCAACUUUUUCCGUUUUGAUCAGUCAUCCCGACGCGAAUUUAUUUCCUUCUAUCGCGAGCGGCCGACUAUUGCCUAUCAAAGGGCUCUGCUGCAACAAGGGUAUCAUUCUCGGCUCUGUCGUUUGCACCGCCAUUACUUUGUUCGAGGUUCAAAAGACCCCAGAUAUUCCUAUUCGCAUGUCGUGUGUCUUCAGUCUGCGCGAAAAGUGCUGGAGGUAAAGCGGAUUAUGGAUGAAGAAGAGCCUCAAUUUACCCCACAUAGCUCAGUAGUGUGGUCAGUCAUGCAUCAUGUUUUCAUGGCUGCCGUUAUUCUGCUGAUAGAUGUGUGCUUCAACUGGGAUGAUAUCCUAGCCGAAAAAAGAAAGCAAGAAGUGCUUGACGCUUGUCGAACGCUAAACCGAGCUCAAAAGUCUUCUUCUAUUGCGAAGGAAGGAAUCAAUGCCAUGAUGGCCAUUCUACAAAGGCAUUGGAAGCUGCAAAAGCGACCACUAGCUGGUGCUUUUCAAUCUGAGCCUUCACCGAUUCCGGUUCAGACUGCUCCUAUUUCAAAACAACAACAGGCGACACUUUCAGGAUCCAGGAAAGAAGUUUCAGAUCAACCGGUUCAGAAUGAUUACUCGCAGCCAAUUCUGGGUGUUGGAGUAGGUUCUGAGGCAAUUUCAAUGCAUCUUGAGGAUAUUUGGUCUGAGAUGUUGGAAGAAAGUGCUCAGGUUGAACUGGAUACACCCGAUUGGACAGAUCUUUUGACCGAGUUGACCAACGCAACUUUGCCAUGUGAAUGA